GGAGAAUUGACAGAGAGGGUAUUCAGGACUGUUGGGGCGGCACUCGGUGACAACAGCCCAGGCAGGUUUGGAGACUGAACAAGCGAUUUACAGAGACAGUAAAACAUGUUCAAAGGCAGAAAUGUUCAGAAAAGCCACAGGAGAUUAUCACAGUAGGUGACCACACAAGAAAGCAGGGUGCUAUAAGAAAGUAAGUCUGGCGAGAGCCGUGUGACACAACGCUUUCUUUACGUCCAUGGACACAUCCUUUCAGCCCUAGGCAGGUGGUAAUUGUCCUCUGGUCGUUCUGCUCUUCUAUAUAUGAUACCCUGUACAGAGCAGACAAAUAGAGGUAAUUACCUCUUUUGGCGGAAACCGUGCAGGUGAAGGAACACUGGUGGACAGGAAAACAAUGCAGCCGAAAGAGGAAUAUAUAAGCCCUGUUUGCUGUGAACAACACAACAAGUUAAGGCUGAGUGAAUGCAGUCCAGCAGAGAUUGAACAGUUUCAAGCCGUACUUACUUGUGUUAACUGAUACGUGUUACAAUAGUAUAAGGUAUUGUUUGAGCUGACUAAUGGGUUAUCCAUCAGUAUCACACAGUUGAAAGAACACUUGUCGCUGACCGUUCUAUGCUCAAGGUCUGACCACCCAAGAUGAAUAACAGCACGAUCGGGACAGGCGGUGUCCUCAAGCUGGAGGAUUUCACACAGUAUAAGGUGGGUGUGGCAAUAUGGACAUACAUUCCACCUAUACUCAUCGUCAUGGGCUCAAUAGGUAAUAUUUUAUGCAUCGCUGUGUUGUCGCAGACGUCUAUGAAGUUGUCUACGACGUCGCUGUACCUCCGCGUUCUGGCUGUUGUUGACGUCGUCGUGUUGUAUACUGGAUUACUGCGGCAAUGGCUCUUGUAUUUUCUGGACCUAGAUAUCCGCUGGAUGACCGAGACAGGAUGCAAGAUUCACACUUGGAUCGUUUAUGUGGUUGUACAUUCAUCGGCAUGGCUGCUUGUGGCCGUGACUUUGGAGCGGGUGCUGUCGGUGAUGUUUCCCCACACAGUUAAGAUGAAAUGUACCAGGAAUGCAGCAUACGCUAUCAUUGCUGGCAUUUUAGUCCUGUUCCUGCUAUUGAACGCCCACUACCUGUAUGGUAUUGGCGAUUAUUACCUCCAAGAGGGAAACGAGACGCUGCUUAUUCCAUGUGACGGCAUUACAGAUGGGUACUACUACUUCGAGACGACGGUGUGGCCUUGGGUGGACUUCUGUAUCUAUUCAUUCCUUCCGUCAACUAUCCUCAUCAUCUCCAACUUUUGCAUCAUCAGGAAAGUCUUUAGCAGCGACACGAAGGCCAACAGCGUGAAAGGCUACUGUGGAAACGUCACGGCGAGGAGGAACAAGACGACAUCCAUGACAAUGACUCUGGUUGUGGUCAGUGCGGCCUAUGUAAUUUGCACAACACCCUUUUGUGUAUACACCAUCUACACAAACAUUUUCUCAGAAGGUUUGUCGCCCGAGACACAGGCUACGAGAAGUCUGUUGUGGUCGCUCGUCAACAUGCUUCAGUACUGUAACAACUCCAUCAAUUUCAUCCUGUACUCGGUGACGGGCUCUAGGUUUCGACAUGAGCUCAAGGGAUUGUUCUGUAAGAAAGCCUAUGUUCCUAGACCCACAAUUUACACCAUGACAACAAAGAGCACUUCCGCUGACUCAGUGCUGCACUAAGGAUUGAAGUACGUGUCAGUUGGAAAACGGUGUUGGAAGUCGAGUGUGUUCGACUGAAUUGUCUUUAACGGUAAUAUCAUACCCUAACCCUUCUGUGGACUAGCAUUAAACAUUACAUUGUGGUAAUGUGUGACGAUGAGAUAAUGAUAUGUGAGAUAAGUCUAUGAAGACUGACAUUCGGUG